AUGAGAAGAAGCCGCCGAAGGAUUCCGACCUCGCGGAGUUCAAGAGGGACUUCGAGGACUUUGACGUCAACAAGGACAGUCAGAUCGAUGCGCAGGAGGUGCGGCAGCAGUUCAAAGGGGACCUGGACCCAAAGGAGCUGCACCAGUUCUUCAUCGACGUGGACAAGGACAGCAGCGGCACCGUGA